CCCUCCGGUGCAUCGCGGUCGCCAUGGCGCUGUGCGGCCGCUCCGCGCUCCUCCCGCCGCCCCCCCGGCACCGGCCCCGGCCCCGAGCCCCGGGGCCUUUCGUCAGCUGCAGCCGCCUCCGAAACAUUCAGACCAUCUUGACACAGAGCAGCAAAUCUCAGCCUGAUGGAAUCCUCUGCAUUUUAGGGAUAGACAGUCGAUACAAUGAAGGGUGCAGGGAACUGGCAAAUUAUCUGCUCUUUGGUUUGUACAACCAGAACAACAACGACUUUGAAAGGACAGGCUUUCCUGAGGAAGUUCUGGAUGAUAUAAUCAUAUUAAUAAAACCUGACAGUGUUCAUCUGUACUGCAACCCUGUGAAUUACAAUCAUCUUCUGCCCUAUGUGGCACACUGGAGGAACUUGCAUUUCCACUGUCUGACUGAAAAUGAGUAUGAAGAUGAAGAAGCUGCAGAGGAAUUCAAGAUUUCCAGCUUUGUGGACAUGGUCCGGGAUUGCAGCCGCAUUGGGAUCCCCUACAGCUGCCAAGGCCACCUGCAGAUAUUUGACAUGUUCAUCGUGGAGAAGUGGCCGAUUGUCCAGGCCUUCGCGCUUGAGGGGAUCGGGGGCGACGGCUUCUUCACCAUGAAAUAUGAAUUAAUGGAUGUCAGUGCUGACUUGUGGAAGACCUAUAGCAAAAUGGAUCCUGUGUCCUUGGAGGAUUUGCUCUUUGAGGAUUUAAUGAUUUUUGAGCACCAGUGGACCAACUUUUUUGCUAAUUUUGACACUGAAAUUCCCUUCAUUCUGGAACUCUCAGAAUCUCAGGCGGGGGAGCCAUUCAGAAGUUAUUUCAGCCAUGGCAUGAUCUCAAGCCAUAUAACAGAUAACAGCCCAAGCCGGCAGCCCUUUGUCCUGUUUGGCAGCCACUCCACGAAGGAAAACUUGAACUCUGGCAACUUUAAUUUUCCAUCUGAAGGACAUCUGGUUCGAAACACUGGCCUUGGUGGAAGCACUGCCAAGCAUAUGGUAGUGCAGUGUGUAUCUCCAAAGGGACCUCUGGCUUGUUCAAGGACCUAUUUUUUUGGAGCCACUCACAUUCCUUUCCUGGGAAAUGACAAUGAGAUGCACAAGCAAGCUGAGCAAGUUACGCUGUUGUCGCAAAUAUAUUCUGCUGUUGUAGAGGCUGUGCUUGCUGGCAUUGAGUGCUAUGCUAAAACUUCCACUGAAUCCAAGGCAAAGGAGGUGGCAGAGCAGGUGCUCCUGUCUGUGUUAGACACCCUUGGCUUAGCACAGCUGAAAUCUGCUUUACGCUCCAAAAUCGCUUUUCAAAUUCAGGCUGUGAACAACCAUGGCAGAAUUACUCCGUUAGAUAAUGAGGACAGCCUCAGUUUGAUCAAAACGGCAUCCAUGAUGGUGUUUGACAUUCCAGACCUGCUCACGGGAAGAGGAUGCUUGGGAUCUGUUGUGUUUUCAGAGUCCUUCCUGACAUCACAGAUACAGGUCAAAGAAAAAGAUGGCAGCAUCCAUCCAGACUCGAGGCACGUUAUCCUGACCGCAGCUAUCCCGAGAUUUGCUUCCUGGCUGGUUGAAGACAGUGAUGUGAAACUGUCUGAAAAGGCACAGCAAGUAUUGAAGGAAGACAAAUCUUUCCUGGGCACUUUACUCACUGGGGGUGAUGGAGUUUAUAUCUGUUCCAGCAAUCCACAGGCCAUGCCUGCAGAAGGCAAAUUGUAUUUCUUUUCCGAUGGAAUUCUGUUCUGUGAUCCCCACCAAGGCAGCAUUUCCAUUUCCAAGAACCACAUGAGUUCCAUUUCUCUCUAUGAUGGGGAUUCCAACAGUGUUGUUGCUGCUCUCUUUAUAGACUUCAAAAGUUCCCUGCUUCCUCAUCUCCCUGUUGAAUUCCACACCCAGAACAACUUUCUGAUGAUUGCACUUUUCCCCAAAAGAAAGAUUUAUAAAGCUUUUUAUUCACAGGUUUUCUCUUCAUGGCAAAGCCAGACAAGCUCAGGAUUAUCUUUAAGGGUUGUCCAGGAAGAAUUCCUGUCUGAGGAACAAAAGAGGCUGCAUUCCAGUGUUCAGAAGCUCUUCAACGCCUUGUCUUUUUCAUCUGGGGAGAGAUGCAGAGAGCUGAAGCUGUCUGCUGCCAUUCCAGAAUUGAAGAGGUUUAUGCAGCACUUCACAGUCAGCAGCGUCAGUACCAAGCCAGUGAUGAGAGCACAUCUUCCUGUCCUUCUCCAACAGUCAGAAACCAUUUCUGACAGCAAAGCAGAAGGUGAUAAGGUGAUCAUCACUAUCAUCACCGGGCUGCCAGGAUGCCGUUCCACCGACCUGUGUUCUUUCCUUGUCACUUUUACCAAGGAGCAUGGAAGGUGGAUUGUUUAUCGGCAGACCAUGGAUAGUCCCGAGUGUUUCAGUGCUUCCCACUUCCAGCGUUUCCUGGCCGGGCUCCUGGAGGCCCAGCAGAACCUCGGGGUCCGUCAGGCUGGGAAGAGCAGGAGGCUCCUGGUGGUGCUGCAAGGGUACACUGAUGUUAUUGAUGUUGUGCAAGCUCUGCAAACUCACCCUGACCCAGAUGUGAAAUCUUCCUUCACCAUUGGAGCAGUCAACACCUGUGUGGAGCCUCUGAGCUGCUACAUGGAACACAGGCUUCUUUUCCCCAAGUUCUUGGACCAGUGUUCACAAGGACUGGUGAGUAACGUGGUUUUCACAAGUCAUGCCACAGAGCAGAGGCACCCACUCCUUGUGCAGCUGCAGAGCCUGAUCCGAGCAGCAAAUCCUGGAGUUUCCUUCAUCCUGGCAGAAAAUGGAAUUGUAACGAGGAAUGAGGAUAUUGAAUUAAUUCUCUCAGAAAGCAGUUUUUCAAAUCCUCAGAUGAUGAGAGCUCGAUAUUUAAUGUACCCUGGCUGGUACGAGGGCACAUACGGGGCUGGGCCCGUGUUCCCUCCCAUGGUUCAGAUCUGCGUGUGGUUCAGUCGCCCUCUGGAGAAAACACGAUUUGUGACCAAAUGCAAAGCAAUUAAGUCAUUGCUCAAGCCAAGUCCUUUUUCUGGGAACAUUUAUCACAUCAUGGGCAAAGUGAAGUUUUCAGAUGCUGAUAAAGUCAUUGAAGUCUGUCACAACACAGCAGCAAAUUCCCUAAGCCUGGUGCCUGUUCCGGAGGGGCCAGCUCCUCCCGAUUCCAGAAGUGAUGCCAGAGACUGCAGCAGUCAACAGGAAUAUUUCCUUGUGUUCAUUGGCUGCUCCCUGAAGGAAGAGGAUAUCAAAGAUUGGCUCAGAGAAACUGCAAAACAGAAACCUCAGAGGAAAGCCCUGAAAACCAGAGGAAUGUUAACCCUUCAGGAAAUAAAAAACAUUCACGUGAAACGCCACUUGGAUCCACUUCCAGCUGGUUAUUUUUACAAUGGGACUCAAUUUGUGAAUUUUUUUGGUGACAAAAUGGAUUAUCAUCCAUUAAUGGACCAGUUUAUGAAUGAUUACUUGGAAGAAGCCAACAGGGAAAUCGAGAAGUACAACAGAGAGCUGGAAGAGCAGGAGUACCACGACCUCUUUGAGCAGAAGACUUAAGCACGUGGGUCCUGAGUGUUUCUGUCCUUGUGUCAGGAACCAGAAAUUCUGUUUUGUCCUUCUGGCUCACAAGAAAUUGAGUGAAAUGUCUGUUUUCAGCACUCCUUCCCAAACUAAGGGAUCAUUCCCCUAAGGUUGGCAUUUAACACGGUAACUGCUUAGCUGUUUGUACUGUCAGGUUUGCUUCCACUUCACCUUAAUUCCAGACUGUACAAAGCAUCACCUGGAAUCUCUGGCUUGUGGUGGAAACUUGGGAAAAAGAAGAAGGAGAAAAGAAGCAAAACUGGAUUUAUUUCCUUAAAAGGUCAGAAUGUCAUUGUGAAAUUGGGCCAUGGUGCAGAUAUCGAACAAUCCUUGGGCGUCCCUUGGAAAUCGUUGCACGGGAGCAUCGAUGAACAGUGGGGGAAUUCAGGAUGUGGGAUUGGGGUGCUCCCAAAGCGAGAAAUGGGGGAGCAGACUUGGAAGAGUCCCCAAUCCCAGAACUGUUUGGGUGUUCCCGAAGCAAAAAAAAAUGGGGGAAUAAGUAAAAAAAAUUAGAAGAGUCCCUAAUCCCACAGCUGCUGGGAUGUUCACAAAGCGAGAAAUGGGGGAACAAUAUGAAAGGCCCAGAACUGAGUCCCUAAGCAGCAGCUGUUGGGAUGUUCCCAAAGUGAGAAAUGAGGGAACAGUGGGAAAAACUCAGAAUUGGGUCCCUAAUCCCACAGCUCUUGGUGUGUUCCCAAAGCGAGAAAUGGGGGAACAGUGGGGAAAACUCUGAAGAGUUCCUGAUCCCAGAGCUGUUGGUGUGUUCCCAAAGCAGGAAAUGGAAUGAGUCAAAAACUUAGAAUCCCUGAGUCUGCAGCUGUGUUAGGAUGUUCCCAAAGCGAGAAAUGAGGGAACAGAGGGAAAAACUCAGAAUUGGGUCCCUGAUCCCACAACUCUUGGUGUGUUCCCAAAGCGAGAAAUGGGGGAAUGCUUCCUCAGAGUCCCUGAUCCCACAGUUGUUGAUGUAUUGCCAAAAUGAGAAAUGGGGGAACAGGGGGAACAGCUCAGGUGAGAAUCUAAUCCCACAGCUGCUGGGAUGUUCCUAAAGCGAGAAAUGGGGGAACAAUGGGGAAAAUUCAGAAUUUAUUCCCUAAUCCCAGAGCUGUUGGUGUGUUCCCAAAGCAGAAGAUGGGAGAAUGAUUAAAAAAUUUAGAAUGCCUGAAUCUGCAGCUGUUAGGAUGUUCCCAAAGUGAGAAAUGGGGGAACAAUGGAAAGAACUCAGAACUGAGUGCCUAAUCUCACAGUUUCUAGGGCAUUCCCAAGGUGAAAAAUGUGGAAACAGUGGGAACAACUCAGAAUUCUGAGUCCUUAAUCCCAGAGCUGUCAGAGCAUUCCCAAAGCAAGAAAUGGGGAAUGGGAAAAGCUCGGAUGAGCACCUAAUCCCAGAGUUGUUAGGAUGUUCCCAAAGCAACAGAUGGGGGAAGAGUGGGAAAAACUGAAGAAUCCCUAAUCCCAGAGCUGUCAGGAUGUUCCCAAAGUGAGAAAUGGGGGAACAAUGGGGAGAACUCAGAACUGAGUCCCUAAUCCCAGAGCUGCUGGGGCAUUCCCAAAGUAAAAAAUGUGGAAACAGUGGGAAGAAUUGAGAAGAGUCCCUAAUCCCAGAGCUGUCAGGUGUUCCCAAAGCGAGAAAUGGGGGAACACUUUUUCAGAGUUCCUAAUCCCAGAGCUGUUAGGAUGUUCCCAAAAUGAGAAAUGGGGGAACAAUGG